GGUAUCUUGUCUAGUCAUUUGUGAUGGCAGAAGAUGGGAAGUUCUGAAUUGAGAAGUUCGAUGGUACAGAUUUCAGUUGGUGGAGAAUGCAAAUUGAAGAUUUGCUGGUUCAGAAAGAUUUGGACGUGGUAUUGGGUGACAAGCCAGAAAAGAUGUCAGAUGCAGAUUGGGCAGGUUUGGAUCGGAAAGCAAUGUCCGUGAUCCGACUCUCGUUGACCAAGAAUGUUGCGUUCAACAUUCUAAAGGAAACGACAGCGAAAGGGAUUAUGGAAGCGCUUUCUAACAUAUACGAGAAGCCAUCUGCGGCAAACAAAGUAUUCCUGAUUAGAGAAUUGGUGAACACAAGGAUGAAAAAUGGCACUUCAGUUACCGAGCAUAUCAACAAGUUGAAUUCGAUCUUAGCCAGACUUUUGUCAGUGGGCAUUAAGUUCGAUGAUGAAGUUCAAGCUUUACUACUGUUAUCGUCAUUGCCUGACACUUGGUCCGGAACUAUUACAGCAGUUACCAGUUCAGCGGGACCUGACGGAUUCACUUUUGAGAAGAUUCGUGACCUCGUUCUUGGCGAAGAUGUCAGAAGAAGGAGUUCUAGUGAGUCUUCGGAAGAAUCAAUAAAUAUCGUCAGAGGUAGAGGAAAUAACAGAGGUUGUGGGAGCAAGAACAGACGAAGGAGUCGAUCGAAGACUUGGGAUAGCUCAGGCGUAACAUGCUGGAAGUGCAAGGAGGUGGGGCAUUUCAAGAAUCAGUGCCCGAAAGAGGAUAAGCAAGUGAACAUUGCUAGAGGCUCCGCGAGCGACGAGGAUUUGUUUAUCUGUUGUGCGGAGAGCAGUGUAGAUUCCUGGGUCAUGGAUUCUGGUGCUUCAUUUCAUGCUACCCACAGCGGUGAAGCAUUGCAGAAUCUAGUUGUUGGGGACUUUGGAAAG